AUGGGUUGUGGUGGCUCUAGGACAGAUGCCUUGGAGCCACGGUACCUCGAAAGCUGGACCAAAGAAACCGAAUCUACUUGGCUGACCAGCACAGAUACAGACAUCCCACUGUCCUCGAUCCACAGCAUUCCCUCGGAUAACUCCUCAGAGGUUGGAUUUGCAUCAGAGAAAACUGGCAACUCAGAUAUCUUCGAUGAUAGCCUGCCAGCUCCUGCUCAGGCCUACCUAAAGGUGUGUUCUGCCAUGUCUGAGACUGGUCUUAAUGAUGCGAAAACUGGUGGCACUCCUGCUAUACUGGCCUCACAAGAACAGGGCGGCCUGUGCUCCUCACCUGGAACAACAGUGCAGAGAAGAAGUGUCGUACGCACCGAAGAGAUUUGGCAAGACAAGAGGAUGUCUAGCAAGCAAGUGACCAUCACUGUAACUCAAAGUAUCCAUCAAGUGGACAAGAGUGGAAAGAUCAAGGAAAAAUCUCACACUACCUUUGAAGUGAUGAAAGGUAGAGAUAGCUUGAAAGACGCUGCUAUAGACCCUGUUCUAAACUGAACCAAGAAGACAGCUCAUUGAUUGACACAAGGAUCUUAAGCUUUGUAAAAACUGUGAUGAACAGAAAGUAAUAUAGAACAAAGAAAAUCACAGAAGCAGUGUACUGAAGAAGCACAUCAGGUCUGUGAUCAGC